AUGGCGCUUCCUCCUAAGUGGUACCAGUUUCUCGUGGGUGUUUUCGCCUCCCUCGGAUCAGUCCUUUUCGGUUAUGACUUGGGUGUUAUUGCUCAAGUCAUCGCGUCGCCAUCCUUCGCCAAAGAAUUCAAUGACCCCAAAGCCAAUGAGACGGGCGCUGUCGUGUCCGUCUUCACGGGAGGUGCUUUCAUCGGAGCUGGUGUCGCCGGUGUCCUGGCUGACAGGAUUGGUCGCCGCUUGACAAUUAUGAUUGGAGCCAUCAUCUUCUGCCUUGGUGGCGGGUUGCAAACGGGGGCUAUGGCCCUGUCGUACCUAUACUCCGGGCGUGCUAUUGCAGGUCUCGGUGUUGGUGUGCUUACUAUGAUCAUUCCUCUGUACCAAGCCGAAUUGGCCCAUCCUAGCAUCCGUGGUCGUGUCACUGCUUUGCAGCAAUUCAUGCUUGGCGUGGGUGCGCUCGCGGCCGCCUGGAUCUCGUAUGGUACCUUCACCGGAUUUGCCCCCGACGACAACGGCCAAUGGCGGACUAGUCUUGGUAUCCAGAUCUUGCCUGCCGUGGUCCUUGCCGCUCUGAUUCUGCUUUUCCCUGAGUCGCCUCGUUGGCUUAUCGACCAGGGCAGGACCGAAGACGGACUGAAGACUUUGGCCAGAUUACACUCUCACGGCAACAUCGAUGAUGCCUGGGUGCGCGCUGAGUUCGAGCAGAUCCAAGAGACCAUCACAUACGAGCACGAGCAUGAGGCUUCCUCGAUUGGCGAGCUCUUCAGUGACCGGUCUUGCCUUCGCCGUCUCGUUCUCGCUUGCGCCAUUCAAGCCUCUGUCCAGAUGACUGGUGUCUCCGCCAUCCAGUACUACUCUCCGGAAAUCUACAAGCUCAUGGGCAUUGCAACCGAGGACACCCUCAAGUAUCAAGCCAUCUCUUCCGUGCUUGCCCUCAUUGCCCAGGCCAGCUGCAUCCUCUUCAUCGAUCGUCUCGGUCGCCGCUGGCCGCUCAUCUGCGGUAAUCUGUUCAACAUGGUCACUUUCAUCAUCGCCACUGCUCUGCUAGCGAAAUUUCCCCCAGGCGCGAACAACAACAAGUCUGCGGCUUGGGCAUUCAUUGUUAUCACUUGGCUUUACAACAUCUCUUUCAGUGCGACCAACGGCCCACUGUCGUGGAUCAUUCCUGCUGAGAUCUUCGACACCAAGACUCGUGCCUACGGUGUCAUGAUUGCCACCAUGACCUCGUUCGCCUUCAACACCAUGAUCGGCCAGAUCACGCCCAUUGCCAUGGAAAACAUUGGCUACAAAUUCUACAUCCUCUUCGUUGUUGGCAACUUCACCAAUGCGCUCUUCUUCUGGGCCGUGCUUCCGGAGACGGCCAAGCGCCCCCUCGAGGAAAUGAAGUACCUCUUCACCGAAGCUCCCUACUUCGUGCCCGGCAUGAAGAGGGUCGAUUACGAGACGCACGAUCUCGAACACCGUGUGCAGGAAGUCGAAGCCAAGCAGGGAUAUACUUCGCAUGUCGAGACUCACGCCUAG